GGGGCCCACAUACUAUAAAAGCAAAAUGAAUGAACUCGCACAUCACCUUCCUCCAGACUCAUUGAGCAGUCAAACACGAGGAUUUUACAUCACUUCUGAAAUUCUACUUCUUACCCACGCUUUCAAAUCUUCAUAAUGAGGGAAUGCAUCAGUAUCCAUGUCGGACAGGCCGGAGUCCAGAUGGGCAAUGCCUGUUGGGAGUUGUACUGUCUAGAACAUGGAAUCCAGCCAGACGGACAGAUGCCCAGUGACAAAACCAUUGGAGGUGGAGAUGACUCCUUCAACACCUUCUUCAGCGAGACUGGUGCAGGCAAACAUGUGCCCAGGGCUGUAUUUGUUGACCUGGAGCCAACAGUUGUUGAUGAGGUGCGUACUGGAACUUACAGACAGUUAUUCCAUCCAGAACAACUAGUCACAGGAAAGGAAGAUGCUGCCAACAAUUACGCCCGUGGACAUUACACCAUUGGCAAGGAAAUUGUGGAUCUGGUCCUGGACAGAAUCCGUAAACUGGCUGACCAGUGCACUGGACUUCAGGGAUUCCUCAUCUUCCACAGCUUUGGUGGUGGAACAGGAUCUGGAUUCACCUCACUCCUCAUGGAACGUCUGAGUGUGGAUUAUGGCAAGAAAUCCAAACUGGAAUUCUCCAUCUACCCAGCUCCUCAAGUGUCAACUGCAGUAGUAGAACCCUACAACUCCAUCCUGACCACCCACACUACCCUGGAACACUCGGACUGUGCCUUCAUGGUGGACAACGAAGCCAUUUACGACAUCUGUCGCCGCAAUCUGGACAUUGAGCGCCCCACCUACACCAACCUGAAUCGUCUGAUUGGACAGAUUGUCAGCUCCAUUACUGCCUCCCUGCGUUUUGAUGGUGCCCUGAAUGUGGACUUGACAGAGUUCCAGACCAACUUGGUGCCCUACCCUCGUAUCCAUUUCCCUCUGGCUACAUAUGCUCCCGUCAUCUCUGCUGAAAAAGCCUACCAUGAACAACUCUCUGUGGCUGAAAUCACCAAUGCCUGCUUCGAACCUGCCAACCAACUAGUCAAGUGUGACCCACGUCAUGGCAAGUACAUGGCUUGUUGCAUGUUGUACCGAGGAGAUGUUGUACCAAAGGAUGUGAAUGCUGCCAUUGCCACCAUCAAGACCAAGCGUACCAUCCAAUUUGUGGACUGGUGUCCCACCGGAUUCAAGGUUGGCAUCAACUACCAGCCACCUACUGUUGUCCCAGGAGGUGACCUGGCCAAGGUUCAGCGUGCUGUCUGCAUGUUGAGCAACACCACUGCCAUUGCUGAGGCCUGGGCUCGUCUGGAUCACAAGUUUGACCUGAUGUAUGCCAAGCGAGCCUUUGUCCACUGGUACGUUGGAGAGGGUAUGGAGGAAGGAGAAUUCUCCGAGGCCCGUGAAGAUCUGGCUGCCCUGGAGAAGGAUUAUGAAGAAGUUGGUGUAGAUUCUGUGGAAGGUGGGGAAGAUGAGGAGGGAGAGGAGUAUUAAAGGACCAGACAAUUCAACUGAGAUUAUAAUUUAUGGACUCUGCUAAACUCUUUAUUUUCAGCUGUAUUAUGAUUUGCUCAUCAGUGCAAUAUUUGACCAUGACAAUCUAAAACUGGGAAAAAAGUGAAAUUGAAUUCAAAUUUCUGCUGAUAAUAAAUUGCUGAAGUUCUUGCA